UGUAAAUAAUCUGACAAUAAUUAACAUUUUUGUCCCCUGUCUUUGUGUAUUUGUUUUCUGGGAAUGACUUGUGGAUCGACACUUCUAUUGCUUCCUCAGUUGAAGAUGCCCCGUACCAAGGCUUCACGGCGCUCGUCGGCGGCGAAGGAGAGGAUGGCGGUCCAGCGUGGUCGAGCUGCUGGCAUGGCUGUGGUUCCGACUGACAGGGUUAUGCCUUUACCCCUUGACAAAAAGGUCCUGACUGACUCUGUUCCUGUGAACCACAGCUCACCAGUUUUGGAGGCCACUGUUAAAAGUGACUCAUCAGUGACUGACGGGGUUAGGCCUCAUCCCCAUACCCAAAAGGCUCUGACUGACGGGCUUAUGCCUUUUGCCCAUGAAAAAAAGGUCCAAAACUUGCCUUCUCCCAUUGAGAAGCUGCACCAAAUACAAUGCAAAAACCCUGUCAAACUGCCUCUGGCUGAAAAUGCGUAUCAAACUGCCUAUCAAACUGCCUCUGGCUCAAAAUCUUACAAGCUAACUCUGCCAAAAAACUCUGAUAAACCUGCCUCUGGCUCAAAAUGUCCUGAAAAUGUUGGUAUAAUCCAGACAUCUUCAUCUGUGUGUGUUCUGAGUCCCCAGAGAUUGACCGUGAGUGGCUCCUUCAACCAGCAGCAUCCACAGUUUGGUAGGAACAGUAACAAGCAAUGUGUUGCUAAUAGUGUUACAGCCAUACUGAUGUCUAAGUUGAAGAAUGUGUUAACCUGGACUGCAACAGAUGUGGAUAAUGUCCUCCUGAAUGGCGACAAACUGUAUAGCAGCAUAAGAGAUGCAGGCAGGAUUCAUGAUGAUUCAGGUUACUUGUUUAUUAGAGACUUGCCCACGGAGUACACACUUAAUGGUCACAGGUUUGCACUGAAUUGCAGUGAUGACAUGUUUGUUGGACUGUUUGGUGUUACUGAUUAUGGAGAAAUGGAGAAUGUCUACAUGUCACAUGAUGAAGCUAUUGUAAGAGUGCUAUCUCAGUUUGAUGCUUGUCUAUUUACAAUAAAAGUGAAUACAUGUGCUAUCAUCAAACAAGAUUCUUGGUAUGCCAUAAUUGACUCGCAUGCACGAAACACACACGGUGCACUGGAUGGUACAGGUACAAGUUUACUAGCCUGUCAUGCUAACUUGGAAUCUGUUCUAGAUCACAUUACAAUCCUGGGUUUGUCAUUGCAAGCAGAAGGUCAGCAGUUUGAAGCAACUGGAGUUGUAGUGGUUCCAAAUGACAUGGGGCAGCAGACUUCUGAAUCACACACGCAGGUAACUGAGGAUCUAAACCUGAACAAGCUGAAAAGUACUGCAGAUGACGAGCACAGAGAGCAUGUCAAACAAUUGAGUGUAAUAAAGUACAAUACAGAUGACGAGCACAGAGAGCAUGUCAAACAAUUGAGUGUAAUUAAGUACAAUACAGAUGACGAGCACAGAGCACAUGUCAAACAGUUGAGUGUAAUUAAGUACAAUACAGAUGACGAGCACAGAGAGCAUGUCAAACAAUUGAGUGUACUUAAGUACAAUACAGAUGACGAGCACAGAGAGCAUGUAAAGCAGAUUUCAAUUUCAAAAUACAAAACAGACAGCUCAUUUGCCCAGGGUGUGAAAAACAGAAACAUAGAAAGAAGACAAAUUAAUAAAAACAAAAGAAAAGAAACUGAUUUUGUAAUUACACAGUUCAAAAACAAAAUAAGCACAGGUCCAGAAUACGUGUGUGCAGUUUGUCACAGAGCUCUGUUCAAACACCAAGUCAUACGAUGUCGAAAACAUGAAUAUUUGAAAAAAGAUCCAGCAGUUGCAUGUAUAGCGGAAAGGUGUGUCACUGCGGAUUAUUUGCAUAUUUGCAAUGAGAGCUGUGAUGUACAUUGUACCAUUAAAAGUAGCCCGGCUGGUUCUCUUUGGAUUUGUUAUACUUGUCACAGAAAGAUUUGUAAUGCAAAAAUGCCAGAACAGAGUGUUGUGAAUAAUCUGUCACUAGAUCCAGUCCCUCAUGAAUUGCAAACAUUAAAUUCAUUGGAAUGUCAUUUGAUUGCAAUGCAUAUACCAUUCAUGAAGAUUGUGCCGCUGCCAAAAGGAUCACAGAGCUCUGUCGUAGGCCCAAUAACCUGUGUGCCAUCAAAUGUAGCUGAUGCAGCUGAGCUAUUACCAAGAUCAGAAAAUGCUGAUCUCAUGAUCCGUGUGAAAUUGAAAAGAAAGUUGACAUACAAGGGACAUUAUAAGUAUGAAUUUGUUCACCCAGAGAAAAUUCAAAAUGCACUGAUGUACCUCAAAAACCAUAACAAAUUCUACAGUCAUGUUAAAUUCAACAAUGAUUGGAUUAAUCCACUGAGCAACACUGCAGAAGCAGAUGAGUGUGAUGACCAAAGUGAACAAGCUGGUAAUGAGGAAGACACUGACAAUACCAAUGAGGAUGAGAACAUUGAUGAAACUCUUCUUGACCGACAACAGCAUGGCAUGUUUAUGGAUACUUGUUUACAACCUGUUGAUGUAGCACAAGAGGUUCUGGAUCAGCAUUUUGAUGGAAUCAUGUCUGUAGCACCUGCAGAAGGAAAUAAUCCAGUCAGGCUAUUAACUGAUGAGUCAAACGAGGCCAAAUGCUUCCCAGUUCUGUUCCCUAAAGGCACAGGAACUUUUCAUGAGACAAGACCAGAAAGGCUGACAUUAUGUCAAUAUUUAAACUCAAGAAUACUCAAUGCAGAUGGAAGAUUUGCUAAAAACUUGGACUUUAUCUUUUAUGGCCAGUAUUUGUCAGAACUAAAUCAGGUUGUAUCAAAUGUAUCAAUCGCAUUGAGAAAAGGACAUUCCACACAGAAAUCUGAAGUUACUUCAGAAAUGUUGACAAACCAUGAAUCCUUACGACGCAUUUUACAUUUUGAUGAAGGCUAUAAAUUCUUGAAACCUAUCAGAGGUACGCCAGUGUUCUGGCAAAGCGUGCAGAAAGAUUUGUUUGCAAUGGUCAGACAACUAGGAAUUCCAACCUGGUUUGCUUCGUUUUCCUCUGCUGACCUCCGGUGGCCAGAACUCAUGCAAACAAUCCUGAAACAAGAAGGAAAACAUGUAUCAGCUGAUGAGCUUGAUUGGUCAGAGCGAUGUCACCUGCUGAAAAGUAACCCUGUGACUGCUGCUAGAAUGUUUGACCAUCGAUUUCACUGUUUCCUAAAAGAUGUCAUCAUGUCUGAAGCCAAACCGAUUGGAGAGAUCACUGAUUUUUUCAUGAGAGUUGAGUUCCAGAAUCGUGGUUCACCUCACACUCAUUGUCUUUUCUGGGUAAAAGAUGCUCCACAGAUAGACAGAGAUGAUGAUGUGCGUGUUUGUCAGUUUAUUAAUCAGUAUGUCACAUGUGAAUUGCCUUCAGAUGAGGACAGAGAAAUGCAUGACAUAGUGUCACAAGUUCAGAUGCACAGCAAGAGACACUCAAAAACAUGCAAAAAAAAGGGAACAACAUGCAGAUUUAACUUUCCACGUCCUCCAAGUAACAGAACAUUUAUUACACGAUGUAAGACUGAGGAACAUAAAAAUGACAAUAAUGAUGAAAAUGAAAAAGCUAGCAAAUCCACAAAGAAGAUGGAAGUAGAAUUAGCAAACACAAUAUUAAAAGGAGUCAGAAAUGCUUUAUUAAAUACUGAGGCCACAUUUGACUCUGUUGACUCUUUAUUUGCUUCCCUUGAUAUAAAUCAAGAAAUAUUUGAAGCAGCAUAUCAAACAAUGACCAAGAAAACCAGUGUUGUGUUGAAGAGGAAACCAUGUGAUGUUUGGGUGAAUCAGUAUAACACAGAUCUUCUAAAAGCAUGGAAUGCAAAUAUGGACAUACAGUUUGUAGUUGAUGCAUAUUCCUGUAUUGUUUAUAUCAUCUCAUACAUAUCAAAAGCAGAGAGAGAAAUGGGGCUGUUGUUGUCACAUGCACAAAAAGAAGCGUCAGAGCAAGGUAAUCUUGAUGCUAAACAAGCUAUGCGCAAACUUGGCAGUGUUUUCUUGCAUAAUCGUGAAGUUUCAGCUCAAGAAAGUGUGUAUCGUCUUACGAAUAUGAAAUUAAAACAGGCAUCUCGCAAAGUGCAAUUUGUUCCAACUGGUGACACAAUCAGAAUGAGUCUUCCACUAAAUGUCAUACAGAGAAAAGCUCAGUGCAGCGAUGAUGACAGUGACAAUAUUUGGAUGUACAGCAUUUCUGACAGAUAUAAGAACAGACCUAAAAGCAAGGAAUUUGAAGAAAUGUGUUUGGCAAGGUUUGCAUCAGAAUAUAGAAUAUUGUCUAAAUCAGAGCAUUCAUCCAGUGACAGCAUCAAACUUUUGAAAGGAUCAGGAUUUGCCAAGAAAAGGUCACGAACAGAAGCUGCUGUGAUUCGAUAUGCCCGUUUCUCACCAACAAAAAAUCCAGAGAAAUAUUAUGAAAGCAUUUUAGAGUUGUUUUUGCCUCACUACCUCAAAUCACAACUAAAACCAUCCACUUUCCAGACAUAUCAAGAGUUUUAUGAAACUGGGUCUGUGAAAUAUUCUGAUAAUGAACUUGUCUCAGUGAAACUCACAGUAGACACAAAUAUGGCCAUGUUUGAAAAAGAGAGUGACUCCAUAGACAAAGCUCAGGAAGACCUAGAUGCACAUGGUCCAAUGGAAGAUGCAUGGGCACAACUUUGUCCAGAGACUGAACGUGAACGUUUAGAAUGCAUUGAGCAGAAACAAAAGGAAAUUCCAGAAAUAACUGAAAACAAUGACAUUAUACCUGACCUUUUUCCCAAGGAAAUCUAUUCAUUACAGGAUAAUUCUCAUAACAUGCCAAAGGAAGAAGCUAUGGCUUUACUACGUUCAAUGAAUGAGACACAGUCCCAGAUAUUUUAUAAAAUCAGACACUGGUGUUUACAAAAGGCACGUGGUGACACUCCAGAACCCUUUCAUGUGUUUAUAUCAGGCCCUGGAGGUGUAGGGAAAUCUAUGCUGAUUAAAGCAAUACAUUAUGAAGCACACCGUAUCCUAUCUCGCUUAUCAAAUAAUCCUGAUGACACACGUGUGUUACUGACAGCUCCAACUGGUGUAAGUGCUUAUAACAUUAAUGCUGCAACAAUACAUACUUCUUUAGCUAUUGGUACAGAUGUAAAGCUACCAUAUCAACCACUGGGAGAUGAGAAAAUUAAUUCUCUGAGAACAAAGUUGGGAAACCUGGAUAUAUUAAUUAUUGAUGAAAUUUCAAUGGUUGAUCACAAACUCCUUGCAUAUGUUCAUGGCAGACUGAGGCAGAUCAAACAAACUGGAGAUUAUUCACCUUUUGGAAAGGUUUCUAUCAUCGCAGUUGGAGACUUUUAUCAGCUCAAUCCAGUUAAGGGUAAAGCUUUAUAUACUGAUCAUGUGGGAAUUAAUUUAUGGCAAGACCAUUUUGCUUUGGCUGAGUUGAGUCAGAUAAUGAGACAGAAAGAUGUGGAAUUUGCACAGUUGCUCAAUCGAUUAAGGAAACGACAGAAGUCUCAUCCAUUGUUGGAAAAAGAUAUAAGUAUGCUGAAACAGUGCGAAACUGGUGAAGAACACAUGACUUCUAAUUUGAAUAUUUAUGCCACAAAUAAUGAAGUUGAUGACCACAAUAGAGAAAUGCUUCACAAGACAUGCAAAGAUACUAUAGUUAUUCGAGCACAAGAUUAUGAGAGAGACCCGAAAACUGGACACUUUCAAAAAGUAAAGGGCCACCACAGCAAUGUUUGCAAGACAUGUCUUUCACGAUCACUUCACAUUGCAGUUAAUGCAAGAGUCAUGCUCCUUAAAAACAUUGAUGUUUCAGAUGGACUUGUGAAUGGUGCUUUUGGUACAGUUAGUGAUAUACAUUUUAAUCCUGGCGAAGAUUUCCCAUCAAAAGUAUAUGUGACAUUUGACAAUGAAAGAGCUGGUAGAGCCUUACGAGCAAAACGGCCAUCCUUAAAACCAGAACUGGAAAAGGCUACACCAAUUGAACCAGAAGAAGAGAGAGUCACAAGAAGUGGUGGCAUACGACGACAGUUUCCCCUGAAAUUAUCUUGGGCUUGCACUAUUCACAAAGUACAAGGUCUAACUGUGGAUAAAGCUGUUGUGUCACUUAAAAAGAUAUUUGCACCUGGACAAGCAUAUGUGGCAUUAAGUCGUGUGACUUCUCUGGAAGGUCUCAUUAUAGAAGAUUUCAAGGAAACAGCUAUUUAUGCAAAACCUGAUAUAGAAAGUUUCAUGCAAAAUAUGCCCGCAUUUGUGGAGCCACUUAGAGAAACACAUCUGUCAUCAUUAUCAUGUAAAGUACUUCUGCACAAUGUUCAAGGGUUGUCAUGUCACCUGGAAGACAUAAAACAAGACAAAAGGUAUAUGGAAGCUGAUAUUAUUUGCAUGACAGAAACAUGGAUACAGUCAAGUCAUACUGAAAAUGAUCUACAAAUAAGUGGAUUUUCAUUCUGCAACAGCCCAAGGUCUGUUUCAUAUGACAAAAGUGAGGAACUCUUUGCUAAGUUGAAAGAAAAAGAACAUGGUGGUGUUGGUGUGUAUUACAAAACACAGAUCAACUGUAGUUUUGUUGAUUUACCCUGUAUGAACAUAGAGUGCAUGCAGUUUACUAUUCCCCACCUGAACUCAACAGCUGCAAUUGUGUAUAGACCACCUUCAUACAGUUUAAAAGCAUUUGUUAACAAGCUGUCAAAUGUAAUCAGUGUCAUUGACACGUUUGCAGGAGGAAAAAUUAUUAUGGGUGACUUCAAUGAAAACCUUUUUGUGUCUAAUACAGUGAGUGAAAUGAUGCAGCAUAAUGGCUUCACUCAAAUUGUAAAAGAUGCAACCACUGAAAAUGGCACUUUAAUUGAUCAUAUCUAUAUUAAAGACAUUGCAAUUGAGAGUAUAUGUGUUUCUGUAAUGCCUACUUAUUUCAGCUAUCAUGAAUGUGUUGUAUUAACUUGCUUGUAUUAAAGGUGUAUAAUGGCAGCUAUAUGAAGAUUCGUCCACCACCCGGGGGGGUGGGGGGUUGGUACAGGGGUAUGACAAAAUGCCGGACGGCCCCUGUGGGAAGUGGGUAUAGGCUA